GACUGCAGACAUAGGACAGGAGAUGACCAGAGACUGCGGACACAGUACAGGGGAUGACCAGAGACUGCGGACACAGGACAGGAGAUGACCAGAGACUGCGGACAUGGUACAGGGGAUGACCAGAGACUGCGGACGGUACAGGAGAUGGCCAGAGACUGCGGACACGGUACAGGAGAUGGCCAGAGACUGCGGACACGGUACAGGAGAUGGCCAGAGACUGCGGACACGGUACAGGAGAUGACCAGAGACUGCGGACACGGUACAGGAGAUGACCAGAGACUGCGGACACAGUACAGGAGAUGGCCAGAGACUGUGGACACAGUACAGGAGAUGGCCAGA